UUUGUGUUGGAAAACGUGCGCAAUUUGGAUAAUGGCUUCUUGUCUUCUGUUUCUCAAGACACAGGUGCGGUGGGGAAACUGGCUUGCGAGACGAGGAGAUCGGAGACAGAGCUGCCGUCCGUGAAAGAGGAACCCGAAGACCGUGUCCUCGAGCAAGAGCAUGGGGAUGCAACAGAGACUGUCCACAACCAGGAGCAUGGAGCUGAAACGGAGACUGUCCACAGCCAUGAAUAUGGAGCUGAAUUAGAGACUGUCUGCAUUAAAGAGGAGCUCCCUGAACUCGAAUACUUUUGCACUGAAGUCCCCAAUCCAGAAUACAACGACACCCGUGUCCACCACGUGGCUUCGGAGCUGUUGAGCCACUUUCCCGGCGUGGGACGCUGGCACGGCGAAGGGACCAGGUCGCGCUCUCCCGAGUUCGGGAAGGUCUCGGAUCCCGGGAAAAGCCCACAGCAGAGAGUCUCCCUCCCGGGGGAGAAACCGCACCGCUGCUCCGACUGCGGGAAGAGGUUCCGCCGCCUGGCCCACCUCCGAGACCACCGGAGAAUUCACACCGGAGAGAAGCCCUAUCGCUGCGACGAGUGUGGGAAGAGGUUCAGCCGGCUGGAGCACCGGAAAAUCCACCAGCGCAUUCACACGGGGGAGAAGCCGUACCACUGCUCUGCCUGCGGGAAGAGAUUCAAUCAGCUGUCGGCUUUUAAAACUCACCUGCGCAUUCACACCGGAGAGAAGCCCUAUUGCUGUGACGAGUGCGGGGCCAGGUUCACAUACUCCCAGCAGCUAAAGGCACACCGCUGCCAGGGGGCUGCCAGCUGCGGGGAGAAUUUGCACUCGGGCCACAGCGACUGGAAGAUGCCGCUUAACUACGGGUUAUAA